UUUAAUAUAAAAGAAAAAUCUACUUGGGUAGGUGCUCCGCAUUUCCAAAUAAUAGGCGCUCGACCAUUUUUUCAAAAAUUGUCAUGUUUGCAUCUACAUGAUGUACGGUUAAGAGCAACCUUUAACAUUUCUAUAAGAUGUGAUAGUUGCGCGGCAUUGUCAAAUAUACCAUUGCAAAAUACGAAAUUAGAUGAACACAAUAUGUUAUGGAUACAUAACGAUACCACACCUGUCAUGUGGACUGAUCAUGUAACAAUAAUUGUGUCUAAUUGCCUAUUCCAUAUUGAUAACGAAAUCAUUAAAAUGUGGACCAGAAUUGAUGCUGUAUUGGACAUGGAAUUUUCAAAUAAUGUAGCUACAAAUAUCACGUUAUUAUUUAACAAAACAUGGAAGCAUUCAAACAAUAUUUCGAUGGUGUCUCAUGUUGCAAUUCCAAAUUUCCAUGACAAAGGCACAAUAGUUUUUGGACUUGUUUUUUAUAGGGAAACAGAUAUCAUCUACGAUAAAAAUUUAUAUUCUAUUGCUCACAAAAUCGAAGUAGCUCAAUUAGUAGGACGUAAAGUGACACAACAAUGGUUUAAUAAUAUGAUGAACAAUCCGUCAGUGUCUGAUUUUUGGUUUAAAAAAGGUCUUAUUACAUUGCUUGCAACGUAUGCUGUUAAUAAGAUGUAUCCAGUUUAUCGAAUAAUAAAUUUAUUUGUUGUUCAAAAUCAACAUUACUCUUUUAAUUUAGAUGGUGAUUAUCAUAUGUGGCCUUCUACUUCACAAGAGAACAGUUUAUUGAAAAUUCGCCAAUCAAUCAGAGCGCCUUUUAUACUGCGCAUGAUGGAUCACGCCUUCACUAAAAAAAUAUUUUGGAAAGGAAUUCGCUCAUAUAUAAAUAGCACGUGAGUAAUUCAAUAUAAAAUAUAAUAUCAAAAAAAUAAA